GACUUAUUGGGCAUUCAUGGAUCCCAGGUUAAGAACUUCUGCACUAGAGAUACAUGAGUACAGUAUACUGAUCUUUCUGGGAUAGAGGUUAUAUUUUAUCUUGGCCAGUAUAUUAUGACUAAACGAUUAUAUGAUGAGAAACAACAGCAUAUUGUGUAUUGUUCAAAUGAUCUUCUAGGGGAUUUAUUUGGAGUGCCAAGCUUCUCUGUGAAAGAGCACAGGAAAAUAUAUACAAUGAUUUAUAGAAACUUGGUGAUAGUCAAUCAGCAGGAACCAUCAGAUUCAGGCACAUCUGUGAGUGAAAACAGGUGUCACCUUGAAGGUGGGAGUGUUCAAAAGGACCUUGUGCAAGAGCUACAGGAAGAGAAACCUUCAUCUUCAGAUUUGGUUUCUAGACCAUCUACCUCAUCUAGAAGGAGAGCAGUUAGUGAGACAGAAGAAAAUUCAGAUGAAUUACCUGGUGAACGACAAAGAAAGCGCCACAAAUCUGAUAAUAUUUCCCUUUCCUUUGAUGAAAGCCUUGCUCUGUGUGUAAUAAGGGAGAUAUGUUGUGAAAGAAGCAGUAGCAGUGAAUCGACAGGGACUCCAUCAAAUCCGGAUCUUGAUGCUGGUGUAAGUGAACAUUCAGGUGAUUGGUUGGAUCAGGAUUCAGUUUCAGAUCAAUUCAGUGUAGAAUUUGAAGUUGAGUCUCUGGAUUCAGAAGAUUAUAGCCUUAGUGAAGAAGGACAAGAACUCUCAGAUGAAGAUGAUGAGGUAUAUCGAGUUACUGUGUAUCAGGCAGGGGAGAGUGAUACAGAUUCAUUUGAAGAAGAUCCUGAAAUUUCCUUAGCUGACUAUUGGAAAUGUACUUCAUGCAGUGAAAUGAAUCCUCCCCUUCCACCUCAUUGCAACAGAUGUUGGGCCCUUCGUGAAAAUUGGCUUCCUGAAGAUAAAGGGAAAGAUAAAGGGAAAAUGUCUGAGAAAGCCAAACUAGAAAACUCAGCACAAGUAGAAGAGGGCUUUGAUGUCCCUGACUGUAAGAAAUCUACAGUGAAUGAUUCCAAAGAAUCAUGUGUUGAGGAAAAUGAUGAUAAGAUCACACAAGCCUCCCUAUCCCAAGAAAGUGAGGACUAUUCUCAGCCAUCAACAUCUAAUAGUAUCAUUUAUAGUAGCCAAGAAGAUGUCAAAGAGUUGGAGAGGGAAGAAACACAAGACAAAGAAGAAAAUGUGGAAUCUAGUUUUCCUCUUAAUGCCAUUGAACCUUGUGUGAUUUGCCAAGGUCGACCUAAAAAUGGUUGCAUAGUCCAUGGCAAAACAGGACAUCUUAUGGCAUGCUUUACAUGUGCAAAGAAGCUAAAGAAAAGGAAUAAGCCCUGCCCCGUAUGCAGACAACCAAUUCAAAUGAUUGUGCUAACUUAUUUCCCCUAGUUGAACUACCUAUAAAAGUAGAAUUAUAUAUUUCUAACUAUAUAAGCCCCAAAAUUUAGACAUGAAAUUUAUUUUUAUUUUUUUAGCUGUAUCAAAGCAAGAAAGUAUCUUACUACAUGUAGAUUUCUCCCAAUAAUGAAUAGUUACUUCCUUUUAGGAAAAUGCCCCUUCUGUUGAUAUUUUAUAUUUGGGUUUUAAUGUAAUUUGGAUUGGAUAUAGAGUUCAUCCUUUACCCCUCUACCCCCCCUUUUUUUUUUUUUUUGGGCUGCACUGCUCUGCAUGUGGAUCUUAGUUCCCCAGCCAGGGAUCAAACCUGCGCCCCCUGCAGUGGUAGUGCAGAGUCUUAACCACUGUACCAUCAGGGAAAUUCCUACCGCUCGUUAUUUAAAAUAAUUUCCACUUUCUCUUAAAUGAGAAGUAUCUGACCUUUUAAAAAAUAUAUAAGUAGGACAUUUAAAUGUAACUUAUUCAGUACCUUUCAUGUAAGGAGGAAAAGUUCGUGUGAAAGAUUUAAUAUUUAAAUUUUACAUACUCUUAAACUUUCCAAUCCUUAGUUUCUCUAGUCUUUCAGAGCCUCUUAAAAUAAGUCCCCUACAUACGAACCUUCAAAUUGCCAACUUUCAAAGAUGCGAAUGUGAGCUAGCAUGUCCAAUCACGAAAGUUCACGUGAGUGGAGUACGUUGUCACGUGCGUGCAUCCCCUACAAAUGGUUGUGCUUUUGUGUACUUUACUGUGUAGAGUACAGUAGUAUAGUAUCUUUAUUUCAAGCCCAGGAUGUCUGGAAGCAAGCAUAAAAGCAGCAGUGAUG